AUGGAUUCAGAGGCUCUCUUAAUAAACUGUGGUGAAAUAGAUGAUGUCUCCUUGAAUGAAGAGGAGAAUGAAGAGGUAAGAAUCAGAACUGCUUUUCAAGCCCAGCCAAGCUGCUUUACUCAGUUAACAGACGCAAAAACUCAUCCACUUCAAACACUGUAUAUUGAAUACACAAAUGAUUUGCCAGAGUAUCCAAGGACAGAUCCAAAUGGAUAUACCUAUGUUAUUCCAGUGAAUAACUACUCUCAAGAAGAAGCAGAGCAAUUAGUCAAAGAUGUAAAUCUACGCCUGCUGCACCAUACUUUUUUAGAUGAGGCAACAUGGCAGGAAAUCAAAGAUAUACGAGAGAAUAUCGACCCAAUUGAACAAGAUAUUCGCAAGCGGAAUGCGUAUAGUCUGUAUCGUUCAAAAAAAAUUUUCUUCGAGAGACAAAAGGCAUGCCUUGAACAACUUCCAACCUGCGCGCCAAAGUUCAAGAGGCAUUUCUAUCCUGAUGUGAACAAUGAAUACCAUCUGUACAUUGGAUGUGUAAAUGAAUCACCAAACUUUCUUUCAAAGCAUUAUCAUAGCUCUGUUAAAGGUCAUACUACUAUUGAUCUUGACUUUCUGGAACGAUUAUUUAAUGAUUCGAUUCUACCAUCUCGAGAGGAUUGUGGUGUGAUUGAGCCACUAACAUCAAGACGAAAGUAUUAUGUUAAUAUCCAGGCAGCUCCUUAUAUUUUAUUUACUUCGCAUGGUAUUCAUCAACAUCCUCCACCUCCACCUCAUAAGCCACCAGAGCUUAUACUACGAGGCAUUCAAGACAUAAUCAGGAGAAUGAGAAACCCAAGCUUGACACUGGCUCAAUUUCUUCGCAGUCCUGAGCUAGAAGCUUUUUGUCAAGAAUAUGGUGUACUUACACCAGCUGAAGUACAUUCAGCUUUCACAAAUACAGACCGCAUUUCUGCAAUUAUUCAAAAGCAGCGUCUUCUUUCAUAUCUAGCAGGACAAAACUUCAACGGGGUUAUUUACUUGUAUAAUACCCAUCCUUUCAUAAAGGACUACAUCCAGGAAAAGUAUCAUGAUCCUCAUGAGAUAAUGAUUCUGUGUGCUUUCAAAGAGCAGAUACAGGUCUUGAGGAAGUUGACUUCUUUUAAAGUUGACAUGUCGUACAAGCGGAUUCGAGAAAAAGGAAUGAAUGAAGUUGUCUUUGCGACAUAUCUUCAUUCACAUGGGAAGAUUAUCACACUCCUUCGAGUUUUUACCAACCAAGAAACAACAGAAGGUUAUUACCUUCUAUUUAAAAGAGCCUUUACUCUCAUUCAGAAGGUAACUGGUCAGUCUGUUGAAUUCCAUUCUCUUCAUUCCUCUGGGAUCUAUGGGAUUGUUGUUGAUAUGGAUUCAAAACAAUAUACUGGUCUUGGACAGUACCUUCAAGAGAUCGACCCUCAACAUCAUCCAAUACUAUGGCAACUCAAAGGGAUUAUUGUAUUCUGCCAAGUCCACUUUUUCCGGACAAUUACUGAAGCUGUUGGGAGUGUUGCUCGAGGUACAGGAGUUUGGAGCUGUAUGGCUAAUUUAAUUGAUUGCAGGUCUGAAGAGGACUAUGACCAACUAUGCAAUCUUCUAGCUGAACAUGAAGACCCAAAAGUCAAGGCAUGGGCUGAUCAUAAAAAGCAACCGAUCAUUAAAGCUGGGCUAAAUAAAAAUUGCUCUAACAUUCCAGCUUUCAUUUAUAAUUCUAUUCAAAAUAAUACUAAUUCUGCUGAACAAUCUCACCAUAAAGCAAAUGCCGCAGGGAAAUGCCUGACACUGACUGGAGCAAUCCAAAAUUCUGCGAAACUUGAUAAGCAGGAUAUCGGUCAAUACAUUAAUCGUAUUGAUUUUGGUAUUCACCAUUCAUAUCGCACAGCUAACAUGGAGACCAAUUACUUGAGGCAUAUGUCUCGUGAAGAAUCUCGAAAACGCCGCUGCUCAUCCUCAACACGCUUAUCUUCACCUCAUUCUGUUUCUUCUCCCCAAAGCCUGCAUCGUGUUGCGUCAAGGAAUGCGCUAUCUUUUGAGCAACAACGGCAAGCUCUCGAAAUAAGGGAGAUUGAACUUCGGCUCAAAAGAGAAGAGAAUGAGCUUAAAAAGGUAGAAAUCGAAAUUAAAAAAGGUGAGGAAGAAGUCCGGGAUAUGCAGCUAAAGAAUGAAGAGAAGGAGUUAGAACUUAUGGAAAGACGGGAAAGACUCCGGCAAAUGACAAGUGAGAUAUAG